AUGCCGUUUUCGACCUUCUCGUCCCACGUCGACAUCAACCUUCUCGUGCCAGAGGCUGAUGGUGAGGUGUCCCUUGGCGCUCUCCCGGUGAGUUUUUACUUGUUAAUGACUUAAAAAAGAGAAAAACUCAAGUUGUGAUGGUUUGUAUGGAACUCAAAAUGGAUCACUACGACUUUUUUUUGUGAAUUCAUAUAACUGUAAGUAUUUGACGUUGCCUCAAACUGGCUGAGAAAAGUCGUUUGUACAAAUUAUGUCGGUGUCGCAAAUUUGAGCAUGAAUCUUUCAGUUGCGCCCUGCGGUCUGGCCGCCUGCGCCGCCCGUGCCUCGUUGGGUGGCUGAGCGCGAGGCUCAGGUCGCUGCUGCUGCUGCUGCGUCGGCCUUGCGUCGGGCCUGGCUGCCGGUUGCUGCUGAGGCUGCUGCUGCCGGCGCUCGUCGUUUGAGCGCCCGCUGA